AUGCCGCCCCUCCCACCAUCUCCCCUGAAACUCUCUCACCGCCGCCCCUCGGACCUGGACGACUCGCAAAUCUCUCCUGGAACAGGAGGAGUCAAUGGCUUUGGUCUUCAUAGCCCUCUCUCGCCUCGAACCCCUCGCUUGUCCGCCCCGCCAUCACCCGUCACCUCCCGCCCGGGCACAACUGCCAUGAACGGGUCGCACCGAGAGUCCGUGGAUUUCUCUGCCGAAACGAACGGCGGUGGUUUAGGGAACCUGGCUGAUGAACUGGCCGACGCGUGGGAACAGGAGGAAGAAGGCUAUGAUUAUGCAUCGGGGCAAGAAAUGGGAGCUGCGGGGUCACAGCAGAUGGACCACAGCGAUGAAGAGGAUGGGAAUCGGCUUCGUGCCACUCAGCUUCGGCAGCACCGGCGACAAGAAUCUCACUACGAUGGAUCGGAUUAUGGGAAUGACUCGGAUCUCGACGAGGCAGAUAUCUCCCCCUCCUUGGAGAUGCAAAUGGCCGAUAUCGAGAGCCUGGCGCGCCGAGGCAUUGAGAAUAAUGGGAGUGAGAGUGACCAUGUCAUUCAACGAACGGUUGAAGCACUCCGAGAUCUUGGUGGACAAAGUGGCAUUGAGAAUAGCGCCAUGCGACUGAUCACCGCCCAUUCUUCCAUCACAUCCCACCUCACUCACCAAACACGCACCCUCCAAUCUCUAAUCCACCCACUACUCUUCUCACCCUUUCCUCUCCUUUCAGAAGACGCCAUUGACUCCCUCAUGCCCCUCAUCGAUGAAGGCCUCCUGCCAAACCUCCCAUAUCCAUUCCCCGAGCAGCCCCGCAGAAGCUCUCGGCCCUCAACACCCUCGCAGCAAAAUACCCAGAACCCCCUUGUCUCUUUGCAAGCUCUCGUCACACAAACUGCGGACAUCACCGCUUCCCUCCGUAGUCUAGGCGACACCCUCUAUGAGUCCCGCCAACUAACAUCCACGGCAUCUCGACGUCUCCGAUCUGCGCGUGAACUCGUUGCAGAUCUCCGGCGCGAGGAAGAAAGCCGCGAGGAGGGCUCGCGAUGGAUUGAGCGUGGUGAUUGGGACCGUCGGCUCAAGGGUCGCGAGGCAGGCCAGGAGUGCAGAGACGUCGUCAGCGGCUUUGAGACUGUCUGCGGCGAAUGGCGCGAGAAAUUAUUCGGGCCUGGUGCCGAAGUGGCAGCCGCUUAA